AAAAUGGAAAAAAGUGAGAGAUCAGAAGCAAUAAAUAAAUAAUGAUAUAUAAAUGGCCAUUCUAACUAAAAAUUGAUCAAUCCUAACUACUUUGUCAUCUGCUACCUUUAAUUGAUAUGGUACUAUAAUUGUUUACAACAACCUCAAAAGUUACUAUAUAGAUAGAAUUAGUAUAUAUAACAAAGUUUCAUAAACUAAAUGAUUUGUUUGCUUUAGUUGGAGCCAUGUUUCGAAGUGAAGAUUUGUUGUUCCAAAUUUUCUCCAAUCCUAAUAUCCCUUCCCAUCAAAACAAGCCCUCCCAAGAUCUGUUUUCCGAUCAUAACAAUAAUUAUAUUUAUACUUAUCCCCCGCUAGAUGCCACCUCCGACCACCUCCACGGCCACCACUACACCGCAACCGCUACCGCAAACGCCACUUCAUCAAGGAAGCGGUUACAGAGAGAUGAAGUAUUACCAACCACAGCCACCGCAACAACCGCGACAGCCACCGCCACCGCCACAACAGCGAAUGACAACAACAAGCUGAAGAGAAUUAUGCAUCGGGAAAUCGAACGGCAGCGCCGCCAAGAAAUGGCCACCCUCUACGCCUCUCUCCGCUCUCUCCUCCCUGUCGAAUAUGUAAAGGGUAAGCGCUCGACGUCGGAUCAUAUGCACGAGGCAUUGAACUACAUAAAACAUAUGCAGAAAAGCAUUCAAGAAUUGGGUCGGAAGAGAGACAGGUUAAAGACGACGACAUCGGGUUCCCAAGAUUCGGAGAAAAACGGAAGGUUGGAUAAAAAGAUCGUAACCGCGGGUUCCCGGGAUUUCGUAUCGGUUAGCCGUUGCCGGAGCGGCAUUGAGGUUCUGAUCGGUUUUGACGGUGGCGGGAGGGGGCGGUUUCCAUUGUCAAGAGUGCUACGGACGCUGGAAAACGGCGGUUUUGAUGUUGUGAGCUGCGAUUCCACGACGGUGGAUAAUAGGUUGCUUCACCGGCUUCAGGCUGAGGACUUUUGGGAGAUCGUUGUACGCUAUCUUCAAAUUGCCAAACCGUUUCUCCAAUGCCAAUGUACGAGCAUACCACACUUUCUUAUGCAUUAUUAGCUUGGUACUGUAUUCCGACUUUAAUUAUGUGAAUCAUAGAACUAAUUUAAGAAGCAAUGAACUUACUUGUUAAGAGUUUGUCUCUCUUACCACUUGUAUAAUUUGGAAUGAACUUAUGAUGGGAUUGAUAGUGCUUGACUUCCCAAGAGCUUGUACUAUUCACUUGUGAUGCUUGACUUCAAACGUACAUAUCUCAUGAUAGAUUUGGUUCACCUUCCCGUAUUAAGCAUGUUUAGCCUCUCACUCCAGAAUGUUUAUAAUUCUUUCAAGUUUUGAAACAUGCAACUUCCUUGAGUUCUACACGCGAAUCAUUUAUUGAAUCCACUUCAAUGUGCUUUUGCAGGCAGUACUUGUGUUCCACAAACAACCCCUCUUCAUCGUGACUCUUCUUGGACAACUUCACACAAUGAUGAGGAGUUGUUCGUGGAACCCGUAUAUCGUCUGCAAUAACACAUUGAAGUAGGUUCAAUAAGAUAUUUGUAUAACUAGAUUUGGCACGGGAAGUAGGUUCUAGGAAACCAACCCUUUUUAGAACUAGAAAGAAUUUAAACAUUCCAGAGUGAGGCUAAACGUUUUAAAUGUUGGCAGACUAUAUGAAUCCAUCAUUACAUGGCAUGUUCAAGCACCAGAAGUGAAGAGUACAAACUUGUUGAAUGUCAAGUAAUACAAACUCCACCAUAAUUGCAUUCCAAAACAUACAAGAGUUUAGAGAAAUAAACUCAUAACAAUUAAACUCAUCAUUUCUCAAAUCAGUUGCACGAUUCACAUAAAAUCAAAGUACAAUAUCAAGCUAAUAAUGCAUGACAUAUGCCACAAGCUCAACAUUCACGUCAGAUAUAAGAAAAUGUGGUGUAUAUUGACAAUGGAGAAACAGUUCGGAAAUUGGGAGCGACAUACAAUGAUUUUCCAAAACUUCUGCAAGCAAUGAUGCGACCUAUACUAUCCCAUGGACCAUCAUUGACCUCAAAAGUCAUAACACCAACACACAAGGUCCACAUUAGGAUGUUUGCAUCAUCUCCGGUUGACAUGUGGUUAUAUAUUAUGCAUCCGAGUUGUGCCAGAAUUGGGAAUACCUCGAAUUUAGAGGUUUCUGAUGAGGAAGACAUUAAUCUGCAAGCCUUGCAACAAAAACUAACGGAUGUUAUCAAUCUUUAACGAACUCAAAGUUGUGUAAUUCUUAUCUAUGUUGCUUGUUAAUUUACGAGUUUGCAACAAGAGUACAACUUGUCUUAUUAGCAGGGGGUUCUGGAGAUUUUUUUUUGCAACGUACACAAUAAAUGUGACAACGUUUGCCUAGUUUGUCAUUACACAAGUACAUCUUACUCUUUAGAUUUAUUGAUAACGAGUUUUCUUACUUUAAGAUUAAUAAAUAAAUCAAUCUGAUUUUGUUGAGGCA